AUGACGCAAUCCAGCUCCUCCCUCCAGGUCCAACCGGUAACCCCCGAAGACAUUCCCGCCCUGGUCGACCUUGUCAUGGACAGCUUCAACACCCCCUAUGAUCGCCUCAUGUUCCCCGACACCCCGGGCAUCCGCGCCUGGUGGGACCGUGUGCAUCGCGACGAUCUCCAACACAAGCCCGCCCUCAAGUACGUCAAAGUCGUGGACACCAAUAUCCCGGGCGCCAUCCUCUCCUACGCCAAAUGGGAUUUCAACCCGCGAGAACGCGGCGAUCGCUACCCGCCCUGGCAUCCUGAGUCCGACGCCAACGCCUGUAAUGCGUUAUUCGGGGGUUGUGAUCUUGCCCGGGAGGCGAUUAUGAAAGACCGUCCUCAUUACUAUUUGGACGUGUUGGCCACGCACCCCAAUUUCCGUCGGCGCGGCGCUGCAACCAUGCUGCUGCGCUGGGGAUGCGAUCAGGCGGAUCGGGACGGGCUGCCCGUUUAUAUCGAUGCCAGUGAGGCGGGUGUGCCUGUGUAUGAGAAGUACGGAUUCCAGGUGGUAAAGGGACCUGUUCCGCUGCCGGAGGGAGCCUCUGCCAUGCUGCGGGAGCCAAAAGCAGUUUCGUAA